UCUUCGUCACCCAAACGGAGUCAUUUUACACGAAGAUGGAAUUAAACUUCAGCCGCAAGCGUCUGAAAGAUAAACAAAAAACAACACAUUGCGCAACAUUUUUCCUUUUAUUUUUCAAAUGUAACAAUGGUUUUCUUUUUCACAUGUAACAUUGUGUCCCCACCAUAUGUGAUGUAUAUGGGCCUGGACAAAAAUGAGAAUGAAGAACUGAUACGUUGGGGAUUUCCAGAGGAUGUUUGGUUUCAUGUUGACAAAGUAUCUUCUGCUCAUGUAUAUCUAAGACUUCAUCCUGGUACAACAUUAGAUGAUGUUCCUCAAACUGUGAUAGAUGAAUGUGCUCAACUUGUCAAAGCAAACAGUAUACAAGGUAAUAAGAUGAACAAUGUAGAUGUUGUGUACACAAUGUGGGACAAUCUCAAAAAAACAGCUGGUAUGGAUGUAGGACAAGUUGGGUUCCAUAAAAACAAAGAAGUAAGAAAAGUAAGAGUUGAAAAAAGAAUAAAUGAAAUUGUAAAUAGACUAAAUAAAACAAAAGAAGAAAAAUUUCCUGAUCUCCGAGCAUUACGAGAAGAGAGAGAUCGGUUAGAACGUGAUGAUCAGAGACAUAAAUUACAGGAACAGAGAAAACGAGAAAAAGAAGAAAUGGAAAGAAAAGAAAAGGAGAAAGAACUCAGAUCUUACUCAAAUUUGAUGUCAGAAGAUAAAAUGACUUCAAAUAAGGAUGGUGGAAAUGAUUCUGAUGAUUUUAUGUAAUCUGUGCUGCAUCAACAAUAAAAGUCAGCAAUCAACACAUCAGUGCUGCAACAACAAACAAUCUGUGUAGUAACAACAACAGAAGUACUCUUUUUCAACAGAUCUUUGCUGCAAAAACAAUAUGAGCUGUACCAAUGAUCUAGAUGUUAUCAACACAUUCAUGCUGCAACUAAAAACUCUGUUCUGUAAAAACAGACUAGAGAGAAUACUCCUGUUGUACAAGUCUCACGACUAGAGAGAAUACUCCUGUUGUACAAGUCUCAUACCCAGACAAAUGGGACAAAACUCUUUAAAUUAUCAAAAUGAAAAAAGACUUAUGUUUCGAGUUCAUUUUCAUUUGUAGAAGACUGGAACAUUCUCUAGCAGUAUUUAAUUAACAGGUUAUAGAAAGACAACACAAUCAUGUUAAGUGUUAUGCAGAAUAUUUAAGAUGCACAAUAUUAAUUUUGGGUAACAGACAUUUGUGCUGUGUACAGCAAUAAUUGUGUCUGCAUCAUGUUAGAAUAUGAAACUGCUUUAUCAUACACUUUAUUGCCAAAAAUAGCACUGCUCCAUUAAUUCAAAAAUAAAUGAAAAAUGGUUUUAAACUUA